GCCGCUCAGUCAUUCAGCUGCCGCCGUGCAGAGUGGAUAUGUUGCUAUUCCUCUUCACAGCCGCGUAUUAUUCUUCGUAAUUUUUAAAACUAGUGUGACGUGUAUGAAAUUACAACUGUUUAUCUUUUACCGAGUACAUGUGCAAAUAAUGUGUUGUGUUACAAACGUGUUUGUUAUACUAAUGUGAAUUUGACUUGGAAAUUACUCAAGCCGGUUUCGAGGUAAAUUUUGUGUUCAAUAAUAUACGACGCUGUGAAAAUAUACGGCGGUAAUGAUUUCAUUCAACAACACACCCUGGAAACUAAUAAUCUGGAACGUUUAGGCGACUCCCAACUAUGUAAGAGAACUGAUGACAGCUGCUGAUUUGUUCACCGUUCUCCAAAUACUACAACAAAGAUAACAAUGAAAGGCAUCGGAAGACACGCACACAGCGACGCCUCCUUCAGAAUAUCCACGAUGGCACGGGCGCGCUGUGCGACCAGGCUUCUUGAGGUCAUCGCGUCGAAUGUCUUAUGUGUGAUCAUGUGGUCUAUGGCGCUGUUGAUUUGGAGCGGAGGCGCGACUGCGCUGGCCAACUGCCCGGGCGGCUGCAGUUGCAACGACGACACACUGGUGGUUCUGUGCGAGGAGAGCCGCCUCGACGUGUUGCCCAUUGCGCUCAACCCCUCCAUCCAGCGCCUAAUCAUCCGCAACAACAAGAUCAAGACUAUAGACGCAUCUUUGCAGUUCUACACUGAGCUACAACACCUAGACUUAUCGCAGAACCAUCUCGUCAAUAUACCCCCGAAGUCGUUUUCGUUUCAGAAGAAAUUACAAGAGUUGCAUUUGAAUCAUAACAAAUUGUCGUCCGUUUCCAACGCCACUUUCCAAGGACUCAACUCUCUCACUGUUCUUAAUUUAAAACACAACUUUUUAGAAGAGCUUACAAAUGGCGUUUUCACCACACUGCCGCGCCUAGAAGAGCUAAACUUAGGGCAGAAUCGUAUAUCCAGAAUCGAUCCGAAGGCAUUUUCUGGACUAUCCGCGUUGAGGAUUCUUUAUUUAGAUGAUAACCAGUUAAGUUCAGUGCCGACCACGUCUUUUACCCUGCUAGGGAGCCUUGCCGAGCUUCACGUGGGGCUUAACGCAUUCUCCUAUCUACCAGACGAUGCUUUCGCCGGACUCAAUAGGCUUGCCGUACUCGAUCUUAACGGAGCCGGUCUCUCGAAUAUUAGCGAGUAUGCUUUCAGAGGUCUUCCAGGUCUAAGAAGUCUAAAUUUAUUCGGUAAUCGCUUGACAGCGGUGCCCACAGAACAAUUGUCCAGUUUGACGCGGUUAGAAGAACUUUACCUGGGGCAGAAUGACUUCAUCGCUUUGGAAAUUCAUUCUUUCAAAGGAUUAAAGAACUUACGACUAAUAGAUAUAACGGGUGCGACGCAGCUCGAGAGAACAAGUAAAGGCACCUUCGAAGACAAUUUAAACUUAGAAACAAUUGUUCUAUCCAAUAACAAGAAAUUAUCUGUCAUAGAGGAGGGGAGCAUGCUGGGCCUUCCUAAGUUGAGGCAUUUGUCGUUGCGAGACAACGCCAUUAUAGCCCUGAGCGAAACGACUUUUAUCGGUAAGGAGCUGAGGCAACUGGAUUUGACAGACAACCCGAUCUUCUGCGAUUGCCAACUGCUCUGGCUCCGGGAACUGUUGAACGACAAAAGCAAUUUUACACAAAUCCAGUGUGCGAGCCCCGAAAACCUUAAAGACAAAUAUUUACGGACUCUCAACGCCGACGACCUGGGUUGCGUCCUUCACGACUCGCGCCAGCAGACGAUCAUCUGCAUCAUCGUAGUGGCCUGCGUCGCGUCCGUCGCGACCUUAGUUCUAGUUCUGUACAGAUAUCGGAAGAGCAUGCAAGAAAAACUGAAGGACUACAAAUGGAAUAAGGGAAGAAAAAACUUAGACUACCACAAGCCGAUCUCGACCGAGGAGGACUGCAUCGUGCGCGGCAUCCAUCCCUCGCACUACCCCGCGCCACCUCCGCACGCGUCCGGCCUCAGGCCCAUUCCGGUGACGGAACUGUAG